AGAAAGGGCGACCGAAUGGUACAAUUGACCUGUCAUUUCGAGACCGUCAACAGGACUGUCACCAAUUCCUAUGGCGUGGUCGCAGACUCAUCGAUCGCGGAGACGGCUAUCGUGAACGCGACGGCGCCGUCGCCUAACAUACGGCUCCGAAUAACCGACGCUCAGGGGCUCGACAUUACGGGCGCCCGACUCGGCGACGAGCUAUACAUGCGGAUAGAGAUGGACGACGACGCCGUGUUCGGUAUAUUCGCCCGCGACUUAGUGGCCAAAUCGGGCAAAACCGACGAACAGAUCACACUAAUCGACUCCAACGGGUGUCCGGCCGACACCAAGAUCUUCCCGGCCCUACACCGAGUGGCCAACAGUAAGACACUUAUGGGAAAGUUUGACGCAUUCAAGUUCGCCGACGAUGUGGUCGUUAGGUUUCAAGUGAACGUUCAGUUCUGUCUGCAGGACUGCGAGCCCACCGAUUGCGGGGUCAGCUCAGGUCCCGGCGUUGAUAACGACAAUCCAAGUGGCAAAUCGUUCGGACGCCGACGGAGGCGAGACAUAAGCCAAUCGGACGACUUGUCAGCCUAUUAUACGGGCGACGAGUCGUCGCUGCCGGUGGUCGAGGACUCGACACUUCUGCCGGACUAUCCGUUACAGCGCGAGAUCAUAGUAGAGGGCGGGGUAUACGCGGCCGCCAAGAGCUCAGCCAACCCCUCAUCCCGUGUCCAUCAUUCUCACUGUCCAGUCGUGUCCAAUGGCAAGUAUUCAUCGAUGGUUGUGAUACAACAUCACCCGCUUAUACAGAGAAAGGGCGACCGAAUGGUACAAUUGACCUGUCAUUUCGAGACCGUCAACAGGACUGUCACCAAUUCCUAUGGCGUGGUCGCAGAGUAA